AUUGACUUGAUAUAAACUUGUCUAAGUGAUAAAUUUAUUUAAUACUUUCUCAAAAAUUUAAAUUGAAUUAUAUAUUUAUAAUAUUUCAAUCAAUACUUAAUCAUGUUUUACCAUAUUUCUUUAGAACAUGAGAUUUUGUUACAUCCCCGAUACUUUGGUCCCCAAUUACUCGACACUGUAAAGCAAAAGCUCUAUACAGAGGUAGAAGGAACUUGUACAGGAAAAUAUGGCUUUGUUGUAGCUGUCACGACAAUUGAUAAUAUAGGAGCUGGUAUUAUACAACCAGGACAAGGUUUUGUAGUAUAUCCAGUCAAGUAUAAAGCGAUUGUAUUCAGACCAUUCAAGGGUGAAGUACUAGACGCGAUUGUGACUCAAGUAAAUAAGGUUGGAAUGUUUGCUGAAAUAGGCCCACUUUCAUGCUUUAUAUCUCAUCACUCAAUUCCAGAGGAUAUGCAGUUUUGUCCGAAUGUGAAUCCAGCCUGUUACAAAUCAAAAGAAGAAGACGUAGUUAUUCAAGCAGAUGACGAAAUUAGAUUAAAAAUUGUGGGCACAAGAGUUGACGCCACGGGAAUUUUUGCUAUUGGCACGUUAAUGGACGAUUAUUUAGGUAACAGGAUAUUUAACGUUAUUGUUUUGCAAGGCAUUUAAAUGAUACAUUUAUAAUUUAUUUUUCCCUUUUUCAGGCCUCGUAUGCAACUAGCAUGGCUACAAUCUGUCUUAUUUAAAAAUAUUUAUUAGUUUAUCUGAAUAUGUUUUAUAUUUUGAAAACAAAGUGUAAUCUUAAAAUAUUUUCUAUCUUUUUAUAAGCAGUGUAAUAUCAAUGUAAUCAAUCCGACAAAACGAUAUGAAAAUAUAAUAAUAGUAUAUAAAAUCAUAUUUAGAUAGAAUUUAGGUAACAAUU